AUGCAGAAACACAAAUGCAAACUCUGUUCCAAGAGUUUCUGUAAUGGCAGAGCACUUGGUGGUCACAUGAAGUCACACGUGGCCUCAUCACACACUCCAACUCGUAAGAAACUCGGUGACUCCUCUUCUUCUUCCUCCUCAGACGGUAAAACUCUGGUCUACGGGUUGCGAGAGAACCCGAGGAAGAGCAACCGGGCCUUUAACCCGGAUCCUGAGUUGUACAACUGCGAGACCGAACCUGAGUCUGUAGACCUGGUUCGGAAACGGGGAAGAGCAGAGGUUUCCAAGAAGAAGAAGAAGAGGAGUAAGAAGAGAGUGUUUGAGUCGGGAAAGAAGCAGAAGACGAGUCAUGUUAACUCGAGCGAGUCUCAAGAACCGGCGAGUUCUGUCUCUGACGGUUCUCCGGAACAGGAUUUAGCCAUGUGGUUGAUGAUGCUCUCGAGAGAUACAAGAGAGGUUGAACUGAAGAAACCGGUUCUUGCAGCGGAAGAGAUGAAGCAGGAGAAGAUACAUUUCCCCGAGCUCCGCCGCUGUGUCAUAGAUCUGAAUCUUCCUCCGCCGCAAGAAAGUGAUACUGUCACCGUAGUUUCAGCGAUAUAGAAACAGUUUGCGGUCUCAGAGAUUGAUUGGAUAUCAAAGCAUCUUCUUGAUUUUGGUUUUCUUCAAGAUCGUUUAUUCUUUAAAUUAGAAAAACGUUUAGCGGUUUGGAAUCUUCGGACGAUCUUUAUCAAGCAAUGUACUUUUGAUGUAAGACAACAGACAACCCAAGAAACAGAACUUAAUUUCUUCUUCCAAGUUAUGGAUGCUGAUAAAUAAAUUGUUGAA